AUGAAGGCCGUGGUCAUCUUUUCCGCUAUUGUUGGGCUGGGGCUUGCUGCGCCGCCAUUGAACGCCGGGUCCGGGCUACAAACACGAGAAGAGGCCGUCGGCGGCAGUGGCUGCCUCGUCUUCGGCCUCUGCAAGCCCCUGAAGCAGCAACUUGAAAAGGCGAAUGACCCCAGCGCCCGUAAGGCUUAUGAUUCCUGCAAGAAGAAUCCCAAGGCCGUCGGGAGAAUUUGCAGCCCCGCCGCUUGCAACGCUAUCGCUGGUGCUCUGAAUCUCAACCCUGCAGCUGACGCUGCUGCUGGCGCUAUUUGCGCCACACUAGGCUAG